CGUUUGUCAUUUGAAUACUUUCAAACUGGAAAACACGCUAUGUAUCUGCGUUAGUGUUGAUUAUAAUUACAGCGAAUAUUUUGUCAAAAGAGCAAUUAAAAGUAAUAAUAAGUUUUCAUUAAAGUAGAAUAACGAAUAUAAAUUUCUGCUUUCAAUUAUAAAUACUAUGUUAUUUGUAUAACCUAGAUAAUGUUUUUAAUUUUUAUGAGAAUUAUUUAAGUGAAUCGCUAACGUUUUUAAUUAACUAAGGAUUAAAAGUAUCAUUAAAUAAUGAAUACCAAUAAAUCUGUCAUGGAUGGUUUUGACGCUCCCCAGUGGACGGAUUUUACUUCCAGUCCCCAGAUAUCAGACGAUUUCUUUAGUCGACUACAUCCAGAGCAUGAAUUGGAAUAUAAUCCACAUAAACAAGGUCGUACAAAAAAAUAUAAAGAAACUCCACUUUUUUUAACUGAUGAUGAGAGUGGAUUUGAAAAUAUCUUGGAUAAAGUACAAAUUACUCCAAUAAAAGUUCUUUCGCCAAAUAAAUCUCAUAAAGAUGAAAAAGUAACAAAAGAAACAACUGUUGGCAAUCUUUUACUUGAGGCAAUGAACAAUCUUGAAGUUUCAACAAAGAAAAAACGUUUAAAUCAAAGUGCAUCUAAUUCAUCGAUAAACACAUUUAAGACUCCACAGAUGACUGAUAAAAGAAUUACCAGAUCAAUGAAGACGAGUGUGAAUUAUGAAAAUAUUUCAAUAGAUGUUCAAUCAAAUGAAUCUCAAGUAGAAACACAAUGUAAAAGAAUUUCAAAAAAUAUUCUCAACGAUAUUGCAAAAAUUGAAUGUACCAAGACAACAAUAACAAUUGAAAGUGCUAAGCAACAGCCAUUGGAUUCACAAGAAAUAAAUGAAACUGAAGAAGAAUCAGAUAUUCAAUUAUUAACCGAUAGAAUUGUGACUUCUAAGAGUGAAGAAAAUGAAGAAACAACAAAACAGAAUAGUGAAGUAGUAGCAAAUUCAAUUGAUCAGAGCAGUAAUUUUAAUGAUUCAUUAAAUGAUGAACCAAAGGCCUCAACAUCAAAAAAUAUUGAUGAAAAUGACACUCUAUUAAAUAACUCUAAAUUGAAGCCUAGCAAAUUUGUUUUAUCAUGGUCAAAACCCAACACAAAGAAAAUCAACGAUUCAAAAGAAACGAAAAAAUUAAAGAUUCCAGCACCCAAAAAACGACCUCAAGUAAUAGCAGACUCCAUUCGAAGGAAAAGUAUAAUGAAACUGAAAUCGAACGAUCAAUAUAAAACAUUAGCUGAAUCAGUUUCUAAAUUUCAAAAAGAAACACCAAAACGAUUUCAUUCGGUUCCUGUUAAAAAUGCUAAACCAAUAACAACAAAACAAUCCACAAUGAAAAUUACACGACCAAUUUCUCCCAAAUUAACAUCAAAAAGUCGAAUUCGUCCAAUUAAACCACUAGACACAAUAACAAGUAAUUCAACACUAAAAAAUCUUCGCAAUGGACCCGUUAAGGCCGAUCCAAAAGUGACUAUUCCACCUAAAUUAAAGCAAACAAAAAAAAAUAUUAAAAUAGAAAAUUUUCAAUCAAAAAAGGGACAUUCUUCAUCAACUGAAUCCUUGUCAUCAACAAAUCUUCACGAUUCACAGCAUUUCAAAAUCGAUCAUCCAGUACAAAAAAAAGUUGUACCAACAAUUGUAUCAACCGAUGACGCUAAACUCGCUGUCAAAGAAGUUGAAAUUGGACACUUUGGAAUACCCACCGACACAACUCAUAAACAAAAAAAAAUCACUCGUACAAUGCCUUUUAAUUUUGAAAUUCGAAACAAAGAAUUGCAACAAAAGAAAGAACUUCAAUUAAAGAAAAAACAAUUACAAGAAUUAGAGAAGAAAAUCGAUUUGCCAGGAUCAUGUAAAAAUUCAAAAGAUUCUAUUAUUCUCAAAAAGAAAAUAAUACCAUUAAAAUUACAAGAAGUGGAAAAGAAAAUUAUUUUGCCAUCUCAAUCAAAUAAAGAUACAAAAGAAUUUUUGAAAAAGAAAAUAACACCAUUAAAAAAUCCCCGAGAAAUAUCAUCAGCUAAAAAAACAACACCACGUCCAUUUAGUUUCGAAGAAAGGGACAAGCAAUUGAUCAAGAAAAAAGAGGAUUUAAUUAAAGAGACACAUGAAAAAGAAAGGAAAGGACGUGAAUUUCAUGCUAAUCCCGUACCUGUAAUUCGUCCUGUAAUUGUGCGCGGUAGAUCGCGUGAAAAUUUACGCAUUAAUAAUGAAAAAACACCAGAGAAAAAUGAUAAAACAAAUAAAGUUACAUCAGCACCACAAAUUUGUCAUAUUAAAAAAACUCUUUUUCCAAAAAUAAUAAGCAAUCAAGAAAAUAAAGAGCCAAAUGGCAAACAAUUUUACAAGUCAGUAUCUAGUGAAAAAUUAAAUCUAAAUAAUGGUAUUAAGAAAACAGCAAUUCUUGGUGAAUUAAAAUUAAACACUGACAAAAGAGCAAGAGAGAGAAAAGAGUAUGAAGAUCGUGUUAGGAUGAAAGAACUCAAGGAAGAGGAAAUUCGCAAAAAUCUCGAACAGGAACGCUUAAUUCGUGAAAAAGAGGAAAUUGCUGAACUACGUAAAAUAAUGGAGACAAAAGCAAGACCAGUGCCAAAAUUUAAACCACUUGCUAUAAUUAAAUCGACAAAAAUUUUGACUGAUCCACAAAGUCCUGCUUGGGCCCACAAGCAUAAAAAAAUAUAACUGCAUAGAAAUUUCAUUAUUCUACUUUUUUUUUUUUUUUGAUAUAUUAUUGUUUUGUAAAACUUUUAACAGAUAUUAAUAAAAUUGCUUAAAAUAUAAA